ACGAGAGGCACUCGGCAGCAAGAUCUAGUCACCAUUCGCGAUGGCCAAGUCAAAGAACCAUACCAAUCACAACCAGAACAAGAAGGCCCAUCGCAAUGGCAUCAAGAAGCCCAAGACUAACCGGACGCGGUCAUUAAAGGGUGUUGACCCUAAGUUCCGCCGCAACGCACGAUACGCACUCACUGGCUCUUACAAAGCCCGCGCCGAGGCCAAGGCAUCAUAAAAUACGCCUUGCCACACGAGAUCACACGCGAUGUAGUUAUGGAUAGAGGGGAUGUCCGCGUCCGUCUGGCGCCUUGUAUUGCCUACCACUAUGCCCAUGCGUUAUGCUUAGGGAGUGCACUCAAAAGCAGAAAAUGCCAAAAACAGCGCAAAAUAAUCCAUUGGAGUGGGACCUGGGCAAGAUAGAGAGCCUGCAUCUUACAACUACCUGAAGAGUAAGUCAAGACGAACGUUGUCCUUGACGAUUUUGCUCGAGGGCUGCACGCAGUCUGAUAGCC